UGAAAACAUUUUGCAAAGAACACAUUUCGAUCAUACCAGCAUGUAGGCGGUACAGCAUAUAGGUUCAGUGUCGGAUUGAAACAUCCGUGUUACAGCAGGCGUAUCUAAGCAGCAACAAGAUAUCACUGUUGAUUCGUCUCUUUUUUCCUACAAGUUUCAUUUGUUGCAGUGUCAUAUGAGAGGAGGACUCCAUUGCGGUUGCGGCUGCUUUAAUUGGAUUCUUUCCCUUUUCAUCUUUCUAUAAGGGUAAAUGCAAUUCCAAUUUCUUAAACUUUUGCUAAGCUUUUCCAAUUGUUAGUGGUAAUAAGUCCUCACAAAUGCUUUGGAUUACCAUAUGUGUCACUCUGUGAUUCUGGUUCUCUUUAGCAGCUCAGUUGUGGUAUGUGGGGACACUUGCGUGCUUCAUCCUUGAUGUAUAAGCGCAUGACAUCCAGGGAUCCCAUGAAUGCUGGUCUUGACGUCGAUUCAGAUCUUCUUCAGAAUGAUGUAGAGCAAGAGAUGACAAAUCCCUCUUGGAAGUUUUCGUGUCCACAUGUACUCGUGGCAACUAUAGUUGCAUUUCUGUUUGGCUAUCAUCUUGGGGUAGUGAAUGAACCUCUUGAAAGCAUUUCAGUUGAUCUUGGCUUCAGCGGGGAUAUGUUGGCAGAAGGUCUGGUGGUGAGUACUUGUCUGGCUGCUGCCUUUGCUGGAUCCUUGGUUAGUGGUUGGAUUGCUGAUGGAGUUGGCCGUCGUCGAGCCUUCCAGUUGUGCUCAUUGCCAAUGAUUAUUGGUGCUUCUUUAUGUGCAACAGCCCAAACUCUAGCAGGCAUGCUUGCAGGAAGAUUUUUGGUGGGAUUAGGAUUGGGUGUAGGUCCUCCUGUUGCUUCUCUUUAUGUUGCAGAGGUUUCUCCUGCUCAUGUGAGGGGUACCUACGGGAGUUUGAUUCAAAUAGCAACAUGUCUUGGGCUGAUGGCAGCUCUUGUUAUAGGGAUCCCCAUCAAGAAUAUAGUGAGUUGGUGGCGUGUAUGUUUUUGGGUGUCUACUAUUCCUGCUGCAAUACUUGCACUUGCUAUGACGUUUUGUGUUGAGUCCCCUCAUUGGCUAUAUAAGCAAGGAAGACUUGCUGAGGCUGAAGGCGAGUUAGAGAGGCUUCUAGGAAGUUCACAUGUUAACAGUGCAAUGCUGGAGCUUUCAAAGUCGGAUAGAGGGGAUGAGAUUGAAAGUGUUAAGAUCUCUGAAUUGCUCCAUGGUCCGCAUUCUAGAGUUGUUUAUAUUGGGGCAACCCUAUUUGCUUUACAACAGCUAUCUGGAAUAAAUGCUGUGUUUUAUUUCUCUUCAACUGUAUUUAGACGUGCGGGAGUAUCCUCGAACCUGGCAAAUGUUUUUGUUGGGAUUGCAAACUUGACAGGGUCAAUUGUGGCCUUGGUUCUGAUGGACAAGUUAGGAAGGAAAGUCCUCCUUCAUUGGAGCUUCUUCGGAAUGGCUUUGUCCAUGGCCCUUCAAGUGUUUGCUUCAAGUGGGAUUGCAUCAAAUUAUGGAGCUUUUUAUUUCUCUGUUGGUGGCAUGCUGCUGUUUGUCUUGACAUUUGCUGUUGGAGCUGGUCCAGUUCCUGGUCUCCUCCUCCCAGAAAUAUUUCCCAGUCGAAUUAGGGCUAAAGCUAUGGCAUUUUGUAUGUCAGUUCACUGGGUGGCUAACUUUUUUGUUGGGCUGAUGUUCUUGCGCUUGCUGGACCAACUUGGACCACAUCUAUUAUACUCCAUAUUUGGCACCUUCUGUGUGAUGGCCGCGGUAUUUGUAAAGAGGAAUGUGAUGGAAACGAAGGGAAAAUCACUUCAAGAAAUUGAGAUUGCCCUUCUUCCACAAGAAUAAAGAAUUCUUCUUCUGGAGUGCAGGGAAAGAAUAAAUCAAUACCAUAGUGUUUUCCGGGUUUGGAAGUGAAUGGAAUGUAUGUUUAUGCCCAUAAUCUAUAAUACUUUCAGACCUUUCCUGCUUUAUACAUUCAACCUAUGCAUCCUACUACUGAGCGAUUUAAGUCGUCAUGCAACUGUUUCUGGCAGUAGCAGUUUUUCCCCAGCAGCCAGGAUGCUUUGGAAAUAGAGUUGAAUAGAAUAUAUAUUUGGUUUGUGUUCUAGUAUUUGGCGGCAGAAUUGUCGCUCCCUCGAACUCAGCGUCCCUGCCCCUAGAAAAUAACAUUUGUGUUGUUAUAGUAAGGACGGUGUGUACGUACGAGUCUUUCGUUUAAGUGUGUUUUUUAGUUGCUGAAUUUCAAGUAUGGAGAAGGGCCAAAUAUAUCCUCAUUAGUUAGACCGAUAGAAAUAGUUUAAAUAAUAACAAACAACAUAAAUUUUGAUAGUCUGGAGCUUAAUUACAGAAAAUUUUAAUAUUUUGUAUAAUUAUUGAAAAUUUUGAUUUUGGAUC